AUGACCGAGAACGCGCCGCCGGGAAGCGCCAACGCCGCCUCAGAUGCUGCCUCGCGCGGUAUGCCAUACUACGAGCGACUACGACGAGACCUGCGCGAAUCGCUAAAGAGGAAGCACGUCCUCGACCAGAACCUGCAAGCGCUCGAAGACAACAUCCUGCGAACCGAGACACAAUACCUGGAGGAGACGACGGCUGGAAACAUCAUAAAAGGCUUUGACAAUUACAUCAAGGGCGCGGCGACUACCACGACGACGAGUGGAGCGGGCACGGCGACACGGCGCAAAGCCCAAGUCAGCGACGUGGACCGGAUCUUCAGUCGAAGCUCGUCCAGCUUCCUGAGGGAGGCGUCCACACCAGCUUCUGCAGGAACAACCCCUUCUCACGCAGCCACGCCAGUCUCAUCGUUUCCCACCCGCGAAUCCAGUCAGCCCACGAUGAAUGGCGCGAGGGGAGGAAGCAGCAAGAAGAAGAAGGCGGGAGACGACGAUGACGCCGACGGGCCGUCCGUGAAGAGGAACAAAAUCUCGUACGGAAGAGAGUGA